AGCACGAUAUUUGUUAUAUAUGUGUCUAAUCGAUAUUCAGAGCUUAUUGUUCGUCGUUCACGAUUGAAUGUUUCCUGAAAUCGAUCAGCGAUAAACGAUAAAAGGGACAGAAGACAUUGGAUGAUUUUUCCAAAAGCAAAAUACAUAAUUGCCCAUCUAACAAUGAUCCGAUUGUGCGUAUAAGUGUUGCAUGUGUCCUUUGCGAAUGCGCCUCAAGCGAUAAUAAGACUUUCCGAGCUCCAACGCCUAGCGACGUUCCAGGUGAAAUGUCAAUGGAACUUCGUCAGCUGUGCGCGAAAGUCGUUGCGUCAACCUUCGCGAUGCGAAUCGAUAGGAAUUUACGUUGCUCAUCCGGAAUCUGAUUCGCGUCUCUCCGCGAGCCUCGCUGUCUUUCCCCUAGGGGUGUAAUCACUGGGGAUUUUUUAUACACGGAAUUGAUAUUAAAAAUCAUACAUUUACUUUGUUGAAAAAAAAGCGAAAUAGCUAAGGAAAAAUUGCGUGUGUAACAGUGCGUAAGAAAACUGUACAAAGAUCAUGAAGAAGUAAUAUGCACAACUUUAUUUAAUGGAACAGAUUUCUAGAAGGUUGAUAAAAUCGAUAAAGAGAACGAAAAUGCUCUAUAUAUGCAAGAAUGUUAUUUUGGCAUCACCAAAUAAGUCGAAUCCCGGCAGUUUGAGUCACCCUAGCUUCGGAAUAGCUGUCUAUAAUGUUGAUGAGAGUAUAAACCACGAUUGAACUUAAAUAAUAAGCUUGUUAAUCGUGAAAAAUUGUAGCAACGACCGAUAAUCUUCGUCGAUUCUUCUCAUAGAGGUACGUCAAGCACAUUUAGAUGCUGACACAGAACGAGUUCGUCGUCGUCCCGCGUUAUUGUUACUUUGCCGAAGCUCUAGUUUCCCGUACGACGUUGCACACGGUUGUAGAGAGCGCUGCAAGAAGCACGAAAAAAGGAAAUCGUCGGAGGCGAUUUAGUGCCGCCAAGUAAUCGCGACAUUGUGUGCGGUGCAACUUUAUAUGCCGAAACGAGAAGGGAGUCGCGUCGAUGAAACGUCGUCGCUGCUCGUUCGCGAUUAGCGAAAGGAGAGAGAAAGAGAAGGCUGGUGCACCGCGGACGCAGGAUCGUAACGAGAAACAGGAGACGAUCGAUGCACAACCGGCUGAUUCUCUCGAGUGUAAUGAUUUAUCAGGUUGAAAAACAAGGUACAAGAUGGACGAAUACGAAAAGAAAUUCGCAGAAAUGCAAAAAUACGUUCCAUUUGUGGAAGCGAUGAUUCAGAGGCUGCAAAAUAGCCCGGUUGAAAAGGACAGGGAGAACCGGGAAAUGCAAUUGCAGAAAAUGCGAAGUCUGCACGAAAUUCUGACAAAUAACAAACGAAAGUUGAAGAUCGGGACAUUGCAACGAUGCGGAGAUGUUUUGCAGAAACUGUAUAAUAAAGUUGAAAAGGGAAACACACCCGGUUUGCAAUUGUCGGCUAAACAAAAUGAUGGCACCGCGCCGCAACCUUCGACUUCCUCGGAGAAUGCGAGAUCAAAUCAGAAGGCUGGAGAAGAAUUGCAAAAUACGGAAAAGGAUAUAGAAAUCGAAGAAACUCCGGCGAGUCCGGAUACAGUCAGAUCCUCCAGUCCUGAUUGCCAAAUUGUGCCAGUAAUAAUUCCUAUGGAACGUAACACGAUCUCUAAGAAUAGGCGAAACAGAAAUAGACGACAAAUUCGUAACAUACCGGUUAUAACUCUUACGGAUCGUACGAAAGAAAUAACCAUCUCAUCGCCGUCAGAUUCCCAUUCGGAAGAGGUUUCUUUCUCCGAAUGGAAUCUGCUGGAAGAAUCGGAGAGGCAUAAUGUUUCAAAGAACAGAGGCGAUUGGCAGCCUUCGAUGGUCGCUUCCGGUCAUGAUGUCGCGUCCGCGGCGAAAUUGAUCAGCAACAAUCUGCCGCAAAAAGUCAGCGACAGCAGGAACUAUACGGCAGAUACUUAUAAUGUACCAACUGUUCCGGUGCCUUCUCUCGGUGGCUCUAGGAGAUUAACGUCAGUCUUGGAGAAGAACAAACUGAACUUGGACAUGAUAGCAAACAGUUCUUCUAGACCGGAAUCACCCGUCAACGUUCCGGAAGUGAGACUCAGGUCUCCUGAUCCCGAGAUACUGUUUGCCAAACCUACGUCACCCAAAUCAAAAGAUAGCCACACUAUGCCACCGAAGCCGCUAUCGAAACCGUCGUCGAUACCGUCGUCGCUUCUGUUUUCGCCACCUUUCUCGAGUGAGCCUCCAUUAUCCAUGGAAGAUAUAGCGGAAUUAUUAAAUGACAAAGAUGACAACGAGAAAACGAGCGAUAAAGCGGGCGAAAACACUGGGAAACACAAAAAGGAUAAGCAAGAAGCGACCAAAGACGACAAAACAUCGAAAGAUCCUCUGACAUCGAACAGAGAGAACGAGAAGCGAUCAGAGGAGACGGACAAGCAUAAUACAAUUAGAAUUAGAAAAAAUUUGCAAGCAGGAACUUCGGGCGCGAAGUCGAGCGAGAAAGGACCGCCUCAUCAAUUGAAUGAUCAUCGAUCGGGACCACAAACUUAUUCGAAUUCCAAGUUCCAAGAGCCACGUUACGCGGAUAACUAUGAGAGGCAUCCACGUCAACGAGAUCCUCACGAAAGCGCGAAAGAUAAGUUACCUGCUAAUUCCAACAUUCCUGAGGACACAUCGCCUCAGAUUCUUUAUCAUAAUAUUACAAAUAAACCGGACGAGAGAAACGUUCCACUAUAUCAGAGACGUCCAAGUUUAUCAGCAGAAGGACGAAAGGACACGUCUAGGCCAGAUAACGAAUUUAUAAUAGAAGGUAUCGAUUAUUAUAACAUGCAUCAUAACCAGAUGCAUUGGCCACCUCCCGCGGCUUCCACUGAUCAUGCAUUCGGUGCGCAGUGGACAUCUGUAUAUGGCGGUAUAGCUCAACCACCUUUGCAACCACCGUUGCAACCAACCUUGCAACCACCGUUGCAACCACCCUUGCAACCUCCUCAACAUCCUUAUCAACAUCCGAUAGAACCGCAAUUUAGGCCGAAUCAAUUUUCGGUUGGUCCGACUCUACCUCCUGGUCCUAGACCGUUAAUAACUCCUGCCGCGCGGCCGCAAGACUUGAAUCACGUGACGAGAUCAGAAAAUAUUCGGGAGGAUAUCCCUCCUUUAAUGUCUUCCCCUACAUUUCCGGUCGCGUCACAAUAUAGAGGCUUUCAAAUGAAUCAAGGACCUUACGAUCCAGCUUUCAACGUCGACAGAUCAGCGGAGUAUCCCCAUGUGAGACCAAAUUGGGAUGGGUCCGCUAACCGGACGCCGGAAAAUGUAAUCCCGUGUGGAAUUCAGAUCGCGGAAAAUUCCACAGGAUCUUCAUAUCCGCGACCCAGCACACCUUAUCCCUGGGGCACGCGGGAUAACAGACCGUGUAACAGAGGCCGCGGGAGGGACGGAUAUUACGACAAGAAUAGGACAGAAGUGAGGCCUGGUUUCAAUCGUCGACCCGAUUGGCCGCGGGACGGUUUCCCGAAUCGAGAUCCACGUGUUCGUACGGAUCACAAUACGAUGAACCUGACGAAUCAGACCAAAGAGACCGGCGGUUCUGUUAGAGAUCCACGCCUUGCCAAAGAUAAACACGUGAAUACCCCAACUAAAGCCAAAGACGUCAACACCCACAACGAGAGGGAUCCUAGAAAACGACCAAAUAUUCUAAAAACAACCAAGGAAAAAACAAAAUCGCAAAAGUCAGAACCCGAGAAAGAGAAGGUGGAUAAGCAACUGCCGAAAGAUAGGAUGCAAUCGCCAUUAGAGAGUCUAUAUGGCGUAAUCGACACGAAGGCCAGUCAAAAUUCCGGUUUGCAAAAGUUCAAGAUUCCCAAGAUUAAGCGACCCGAACCGCCGCAGCCGAAUCGCGUUGCUAAUAAGACGAAGGAGACCGAGAGCAAGACUUCGUCGCGGACGAAGAGCGAUAAUAAGAAGAAAAGUAAAAGUUCACGUUCUGAGAACACGAGCAAAGAGGAUGCGAGCACCGAAGUAAGCAGUAGUAGCGACAGCAGCCACGUAAUGCAGAAUCAGUUCAAGCAAAAUGACGCUGCGAAAGAGGGAGAAGUUAUUUCGUCUUUUGUCGAAGAAAUUAACAAGAACGAGGUGAAGAUCGGCGAAGCAGACUCGGUAACGAGCGAUUCCAAGUUGAAUGACACGGAGAAGAGCAAGAAAAAUGAGGUGGAAGCGGACGAGCCGAAACAGAAAGAAGAGGUAACUCAGGAGUUGAUCGAGGCGCUUAUCAGAAAAUCGUUUGAAUCCGGUGAAGGAAAGAAGUUAUUUGAACAGGCCAAACUGAUACAGAAGCUCGGGGAGGCGUUGGAAGAGAAGAAGUUGAAGAAGAUCAAAAAAAUUAUCGAUUCCGAAUCUGAAAGUAGCUCGGAUAAGGAUGAAAGUAAAGUCGAAACGAAAAAGACCUUAACGAAGAAAAAGAGACGGGUAAUUAUGUCAGACAGCUCGGACGAUGAGUGUCUUGCGGAGAGGCUCGAAGUCUUGGCUGGUCUUGAUGCGAAUGAUGAGACAACAGCUUCCGGAACAACGGAUCUUCAAAGUUUAAAAGAGAAAAACGGAAUAAUGAUAUCUGAUAAUGUAGAUAAAGAAUUAGCUAAAGAUACUACCCCGAAGAAAGAUAACAGCUCAUCGGAAAAUCGUGACGAAAAGCGUGAUCUUCAAGACAAUAAUAAAAAUAAAAACUCAAGAUUGAAGAAAAAAAGUAAUAAGGAGAAUGAUCGGUUAAAAGAUAAAAAUGAAAACACUGAUAUUCAGUCAGAAAACAGUAAACAAACAAAUAAUCGACUGGAAGAUGAUGAUAAAGCGAAGAAGCAAGAUAAGGUUAAUCAAACAUCUGUAGAAAAAUCAAAGGACAAAAAUAGUCGAGAACGUUCGUUGGAUCGAAAUAAAGAUCACGCGGAGUGUGCGGAAUCUGUUCCUAACAUCGCAAAUGGCCGAGAUGAAAUUUCCGGCGAUAAACCAAAAGUUAAAACGAAGAGAAGAAAUUCUCUGGAAAUGUUGCAAGAGGAUGUCAGAGAAAUGUUUAUUAGCAAAGGCGUAGUGACAGCGACGGGUCAUCGGAUGUGUCGAUUACUAAGAGAAGAACAAUCAGCCACGUUAUUGGCGAACUCUAAGAAGGACGAGACAUCUAGUACUGAAAAAAAACUUGAGGAUACUGAAACGGUAGUGAACAACUUCAAGAAAGCUUUGAGAUCUCGUAGUGGAGAGUCGAGUAAGGCGAAAGUCAAUAAGAGACGCGUUAAACGAACUCGUAGUCUACGUUCCAGAGAACGUGUUCCUAGCUCCAACAGCGAAGAGGAUCAACCGCUGGCUCUGCGAACCGAGAGGAUCAGCAGCAGUGGUACUAAAACACCGACUCAGGAAGAGGAUCGCAACGAGGAUAGUAUCGAUUCGCUCCGUAGAUCCAAACGUGUCUCGCGUAAAGAUUUAAAUGUAAGGGAACCACGAGUGCUUGUCGAGAAGACUGAUGUCGCAAAGAUAGACCUAUCCAGAAUCAUGUUUGAUAGCUCAUCUGAUGAAAGCUUUGGCAUAGAUUUGUCCGAGUUAGCUGCGGCGGUGGAUAGUCCCCUUCAGCCAGAAAAGCAAUCCGAUCAGGACUCGGUGGACACGGUGGUGAGUUCGAAGCCACGCAAAAUGAGCAAGAACAUGAGUAAACGAAGUUCGAAGUUGAAGAGAAGCUCGUCCCUGCUUACCGACGACAAGAGCGAGGACGAAAUAUCCUUCACGGACGAGGAGAGCGUUACGUCGGACAUCUCUAUGUCGAGUAGCACACUUGCCGGAAAGAGAACGAGUGGUGGCUCGGCCAGAACGUCCACUAGAGAGGAAUUGUUGAGUAAUAUUCUGGUGGGGCUGGUGCCGGCGCCGACGGAGAGGAGCAGCGCGAUGCUGACCGACAAGGGUAAUGAAGCAGACCUCGAAGAAGACACGAGUGAACCGCCAAUCGCAGAGACGAACGCGAAAAAGACCUGGACGAGGAAAAAGAAGAAAAAAUCCAGCUGGCAGAUGGGAAUAGUGACUACUAAGAAGAGAAAGAAGAAAACCGCUUUGGCAGCCUCCUCUAAAGCCUUUGCUCAGACGAAUCUCGAGGAGACAAAUACUGGAAUUAACGUUCCGAUGGACGCCACAGAAGAUAAUCAAUCGAUAUUGGAAGAUAAGGCUGCGAAAAAGCUUCCCGAUGAUAAUCGUACUGUAGAUAACGUAAAUGUAGAUUUUCCAAUAAAACGCGAUGUUAAAUCACCUCCAAAUACAGAUAAUUUUGAUUUAGAUUUUAACGAUUUGAACUUGACCGAUUUGAACUUAUCAGAAUCUUUGGAUGCAAUCAAGGCAGCGCUUUCAAGCGAUUCGCUUAUUUCCAUCGAGGAAACUAAGCCGACGAUAAAGACGGAAAUAGUGGAAGAUACAAGUACUGCUAUCACAUCACCGAGUACUAGUACUUUUGUUAAGAUCAAGACGGAAAUAGCGGAAGAUACAAGUACUGCUGUUAUCACAUCACCGAGUACAAGUACUACUGUUAUCACAUCAUCGAGUACAAGUACUGCUGUUAUCACAUCAUCGAGUAUAAGUACUGCUGUUAUCACGUCACCGAAUACAAGUACUACUGUUAUCACAUCAGCCCCUACGAAUACAUUUUGCAAAGAAACAUCAAAGAUCCUUUAUGACGAGCAGAUGGAGGAGCUCCUCGGUAACAUCACCGUCAAACAGCUGAUGGACUAUAUGUGGUUUGGCCAGGACAAGUACAAGUGCCUGUUGUGCGUCUUCAUGGGCAAGAACAUCGUUCACCAUUACAAGGUAAAUCAUGCGGGACGAGAGGUGCUAAUCGCGCGUCUCAACUCGACGAAUGCCGAGGCUGCAAUUCUGGAGAGUAGCGCGACUCCGCAUCUAGAAUCCACGACGGAAGGCCAGGUGUGCAAGUUCCGCUGCAGGUUCUGUUAUUAUUACGUGACGGAAGGUGCGGCCGACGUGGCCCUCGAAGCCUUUUACGAGCACUGCACCACGCACACGGGCGAGUAUAGGUUUCAUUGCAAAAGUUGUUCCUAUCAAGCAGUGGCCAAGGCUUCCAUGAAGACGCAUUACUAUAAAAUGUGUCGGAAAUACAGCGACACGUUCAACGAGGCUGUGACCGGGGACGAUGUGCCCCGUGAAGGCGCCGUUUACGGCUACCUGUGUCGCGGUUGCAACUACGUGCAGCUGAAGCGGGAUAAUGUGGAGGCCCACGUUGCGUUUUGGCAUCGAGAUACCAAGACUGAGAUCUUGAAGAUCAACAUGUCCGCGACGAGCGUAGAGAAUGUCACGAAUAACAGCAAUGAGAUCUCGCAAUCACUUCCGGCUUCCAAUGCGAAAGAAUUUUUCGCUGUAGAAACGAAGCCGAAGAUUUCUCAAUUCGAAAGCACGGAGAACAAAGAGCUGGAGUUGAAUGUCGCGAGGGAAGUAUCUCAAGGUAACAAUGAUGAGAUCGAUGAAGAGUACAUGCUACGUGAACCGAAAACGGAAGAUGCGAUCGACAUCAAGGAAGAAGAACCGGAGGUGAGAUUGUCCCAAGAGGUGAGCACAGGUAAUCUACGCGCAUUCGUUUGCCCGCCCGAGUUGGAGAACAAUAAAGAGGCUGAAAUACAGCGGGAACGGCAGAAGAAGAUGCAGGAAAUUGCCAAUAACAUCGGUAUCCUAAAAAAUUAUUCCAAACCAAACUUGUCCAUAAUAGACAAGGUGCAGGACAAGAUGCGCCCAGACAGGGCCGUUUCUCCCGUUACUGAGGGUGAUUCAUCAGGAACGACCGAUCUGGAUACGACAUUCGAAGAAGACUCUCCUUCGUUACUUCCCGUGAGUCCUACAAUAGAAUCCGUAAGCAACAACGUAAUCAUCAAGGAGGAUACGUUGAGUCAGGAUUUGAACACUCAAAAAAAUCCCCCUUCUUCUACGGAACAAUCGGUUGCUGAUAAAUCGGAGGUGACGAGCGACAAGACGGACGGGUUAAAGAUUCGAGAUCCUCUGACAAACAUGGAUCCGUGCAAGAAGGACGAUGAUGAGAGCGACGGGGAGAUGAGCGACGAUGAACGUUCUCCGCCAAUCUUCGAAUCAGAUUCCAGUAGCGAAUCGGAUUCCGAGCCACCGACUGAUGUCAACAUGAUCCUGCAGGAGACGUCGAACAUUAACGCGUCAUCUUCGCGAGAUCCAAUGCUGACGACCAUUCAGAGACUGGUUGCGCAGCUUCAAAAUGUCAAACCGUUGGAACCAGUGUCCGAGUCGGUGCUUGACAUCAAGACGGAGAUUAAAAGCGAACCUAUGUCGUUUAUCCCGAAUCCACCGAAUGUCGUACCGAUCGCCACUGCCAAGCGAUUGUUGGCGAAUGAAUUAAACGUCAAUGAUUUGUCUAAGACACAGGAAAUGCCAGAACGUGCUGAUUCCAGUACACCUAAGAACUUCAUCAGGUUGAGGCGACUCAGCGGUGACAAGCUAUCUAUUCCGGUGCAAUCGGAUAAUCCAGAGGACACGCAAGCUUCCAUCACGGAUGGAACUCAGUCGAACAACGCAGUAGACGUGGCACAAACUGAUACAGAAGGAGAGUGUUCAUUCCUGAGGAUUGAAAAUGUAGUUAGCCUCGCGCAAUCCGAUAAUGCUGGGAACGAAAGUCCUAUUGUAAAUGACAUCAGAAAAGCAGUGGAGAUCUCCCCGAAGAAAGGGAUACCUAUCCUGAGGAAAUCCAAUCAGCCUAUAAUAUUGAAGAAGUUCAACAUUAUAACGUCGAACUCUCAGACUACUCAGCCAACCACGUCGGAACACGUGACAUUAUUUCCGGUCAAGAGUCCGCUGACGUCCUCGACAAAAUUCACCACUACUCAAUUGGCCACUUCGAAUUUUGUGCCUAUCUCCUCGAAGAUCCUACCGGUUACUGUCUCGCCGGCAGUGACAAGCUCGUCGAACCUAAAAAUCGUGAAAGUAGUACGGACGCCUGUGCCUCUGAAAUCGCCCAAGGACACGGCUCAUCCGUCCGUCACGAAAUCACUCAAGUCUAUGGAUGCUUACGCGGCGAUGAUGACGGAGAUGAAAUUGAUUCACUUCUUCAAGUGCAUGGGCCGCGACUGUGAUUACACGACAGACUGUAUCUUGUUGUAUUCCAAGCACUAUCUCAAGCACUGCGAUGAGGUGAACAAACGAAAGGACAACAGUGAGAAUCGGCAGGAUUUCAAGAAGUGCGUUUAUUGUACCGCUUGUCCAGCAGACUGGAUCAGCAUGAAGACUCAUCUAUGGGAAAAGCACAGUUCGUGUCGAUACCAGUGCAUUUAUUGCUUCUACCGGGCCCUUACGCCAUGCUAUGUACAACAACAUCAGGCGACUUGUCAUCCUGGAAGCAGGUUUUACUUUCUAUUGGGCAAAAUGAUUAAACCGAUCCAAAAACAGGAAGACAUUAAUUAUAAUGAUUAUAUAAGGCCGUUUGUGUGCAAACAUGACGGGAAAAUGUUUUAUACACUUGAAACAUUUGCUACACACUUAAAGGAACAUAAAUCUUCACAUUUCAGGUGUCAUUUAUGUAAUUGUAAAUAUGAGAUAACAUUACUUAUAUCACACUACAAGUUACAUGGAUAUUCCAAGUAUCAAUGUGUAUAUUGUUUAUAUGGUACUGAGACCUUAAACGAGAUGCACCAACAUUUGAGCGCUUUUCACUGCAAUCGACUACCGCAAACUAUUGAACGCUCGCUUCCUCAAGUGGUACAAUCUAAUGUAAACACUGCACAGCAGCUCGUUAUGCGAACUUUCGAAGAGUCUGCAAAGCUCAACGAGGGAAAUGUCGAAUCGAGUGCUGACAAUUCGAAAAAGGACACUUCUACGAAAGACGCGAUAAAUAAUCAGACUUCUGUAGCUUCACUAGAUAUAGAAGUCGCUUCGAAAGCGUCAAACAAUCCAGCAACGUCCAGCUUCACUGGUAGGACGAGCAACAUGGAAACCAAUGCAAAUGUUUCCAGUACUUCGGAAAAACAAUCUAUAAAUGCGUCUCUUGUUAGUAAUAUAGAUGAAAACACGAAUAAAAAUGCUAGUGAAAAACAACUCUUGCAAAAUAAAUCUUCCUCGCAAGGAUCAGAACAGGACAAGUCAAAUACUACAAAUCAGAUUAUUCAGGAACAGGAAUGUGAUCUGCUAUCGAGUUUAAAUGACUGUAACGCCGUGGAUCCAUUAGAAUUAUCGAACGAAUUCGAUAGCAGUGAUGAAUUUGUUAAUACCAAUCUUCUGGACAAUUCAGAAUUUUUGAAGAAUCUGGGCCUCAAUUCUAGCAACACGUCGUUCUCUAAUGACGAUGCGACGACGUUUGCGGAUAAAGCAGAAGACAGUGACAUCGAGAUUCUGGAGAAUAUUGAAAGCGGGAAGAAGACUGAGAAAAAGAAUGUUGAAGAUAACACGAAUCCAGAUUCAAAGUCUUUAGUUAAAUUGAAGAUUGAGAAGGAGCAGUCUGAACUGGGUGAUACCGAGGAUAAAUGCGAGUCGGAGAAGGUGUCUACGUCCGCCGACGCGCAGUCGGAAAGACCUUUAACUUUGGACGACAUCAAAGACACUGGUCGUGCCGGACUUGAACUGUACAAAUGUGGUUAUUUGGAGUGCAGUUUCGCGGCGACGAAUUCAUCGAUAUUGAAGGAUCAUAUUAAGAUCUGUACUUUGGGAGAACCGGCCAAAAAUUUAUGUUGUGCGCAUUGUAAGAAACGUUUCGUCAAAAUCGGUUUCCUUCUGGAGCACAUGAAGGCUCAUGGAUUAAAGCGUUUCGGAUGUUCACUGUGCAAGUCCAGGUACGCGGUCUCAUAUCAAGCUACACAACAUAUGAAAACGAAACAUAAACAUCUCAGCACAAAAUUAGUACCUGCAGAUCCGACAAACCCCUCGGCCGAAGGCCUCUUUAUCGUGCAAGCAGUUCCUUUUGGAUCCGUUGAACGAAAAAGCAAGAAGCGCAAAGGUACAAAAUCCGGAGCGGAGCAAGAAGCCGAAAAGAGUACGGAUUUCGAAAAGUUAUCGUUCAGCCCUGAUGAGAUAGAGCAGUUACCGCGUCAAGCGAUUUACAAUCGGGAGGUCCAAUGUGCCAUGUGUUCUUUCAAGACGAAAGUUCGGACAAACAUUGUCCGACAUCUGCAAUUACACGCGAACGACCAAACCGUGCCCGAGAGCGGACCUGUCAAUCCCGUUCCCUGUUUAGAUAAGAAAGAAAAGAUGUUCGAUAAGAUGGUGAAUCUCGCAAGCAGCUCGCACCAAAACGGGCGAAUGGGUGGGAAGCCGAAAGAAAUUGUGAAAGAAACUGAAGAGGACGAUAGUAUACCGAAAUUUGUACCGGAAAAUAAAAGAUAUGUAUGCAGCGUGGCCGAGUGUAAUUAUCUAACGGUGGACGAGGCGAUGUUGAGAUACCACUUAAAGGCUCUACAUUCGGAAGAACCGUAUUUCCGUUGUCCUCAUUGUCCCCCACCGCCACCGGGACAAGAAAACCAAAAUAUAGCGAUUGAUAAGAUGGGGGUUCACUUGAAGAUGCACGAUGCGAGGCUUUACAAAUGUUCCCAUUGUAAUCACCAUCAUUAUCACAGGCACGUUGUGGAGCGGCAUCUCACCGACAAACAUCCGGAAAAGAGACCAUUCGUGAAAGUAGUGAGAGAAGUCGAGAAUACAGAGAACAUUCAGCAGUCGAUGAACGAGGAGACAGAGGAAGAGGUACCCGAUCCGGACGGCAACCACUGGAAGUGCAACCUUUGUGACUUCAAGUGCGUUUACAAAGCAGAUAUAACUACCCACGCGGACGCCGUUCACGGGGAGAACUGUCAGUACAAGUGUAUCUUGUGCUCGUUCAAGACGAGCGGAAAGAUCAUCCUCGAGCAGCACAUCAACAGCAAGCACGCGUGCGACUCCAAUGUCGAUUACACCGUGAUUUAUCAGAGGAUAAAGGGGGUCAACAAACGUAACGUCGAAGCUACGGAACAAGGUGGGCAAGACGAGCCCUUCGACACGACGCCACUUUGGAGCAGAAGCAUGCCGCGGAUCCGACAUAUCCGCGGUAUUCUUUUGGAAGAGGAGAUCGAAGAACCCGUGACGAGCGAGAGGUCCGCAACUCCGAAAGUAUAUCAGAAUAAACGCAAGAGCGACGCGGAAGGCUCGACAAAGCCGGCCAAGAUGAAGUUCACCGGAAGGUCGAGCGACGAUAGCAACAAACAGUUUAAGGAAAGAUCGAAGAGAAUCUCGUGUGAUAAAUUGUCCGAAGACGCGGAAGGUGAAGACAAAUCGCCCAAAGACCCUAAAAUGGCUGAACUCAGUGAUUCGGAUGUGGGGAGAUUCGGGCCUUACGGCAAGCCGGAAGGCAAUUUGUAUGUCUGUACACUAUGUAAUCAAUUUAAGACCAAAUAUAAGCACGAUAUGAGAGAUCAUCUUUACAGAGAGUUGAAUUAUGCAAGGUGGCAUUGCAAAACUUGCGGAUAUUUAUCGGUAAAUCGUAAUGCGUUAAUACAACAUUUUGGAAAACGCCAUAAUGGAGAAUGUCCGGAAUCCGUGCCACUUUCUCCGGACAACGCGAUUGAGGAUUGGGUAAAGACUUUACUGAAGAAACAGACAGAUAUGAUCAAAGCGUCUAAAAACAUUAAUGUUCUUGUCAAAAAUGUCACGGUAUCUGGCAGUACUUGCCAAGAAGUUGAUAACACAGUUUCUUCAAAGAAGAUCCAAAGCAAUAACAGAAGAACCGUAAAUCUCGCGCCUACGAUAUCUAAUCUACAAAACGACAUUCUUCAAGAUGCCAACAGAAGCAGCAUAGAUUCUGAUGAUGGUGAUAGUAGGGACAAUGAUGACCUUGUAAUAGAUAUGAAAGAGGAUGAGUCAUUCGAGAGUAAAAACAAUGAAAAUAAGCCUAAAAAUGAUAAAUUUGGCGAGAAGAACGAAGAGAGAUCGAAAAAACUGUUCGCCUGCAAGCACUGUCAGAUGACCUUCCACCGUCCGCGUGGCUUGAAGCUUCAUAUUCAAUACUCUCACUUAAAACGGCUCGGCUUCCUGUGUCCUUACUGCGAUCGCAGCACCAACUCGGAGGCGAUGAUGCGUCAACAUAUUCGCUCGAAGCACCCGAAGAAUCCGGAGAAGAUCAUCCAAAAUCCAUCCGCGUGGGAGAACGAGAAGCUGACCAACGAGUUCUGGGAGAAGGAAUAUGGCAUCGUUUGUCCAUCAAAAGCCAAGAAGCGGAAAUUGAAUGUCGUCGACGAUGCCGUUACCGGAAAUAGCGCGGACACGCGGGCGAAGUGUGAGGCGUGCGGCUUCACGGCUAUGAGUUUCAUAGGAUUGAAGUCGCACAUGAGAUCGCACAUUCCUAUCAACAAGCACAAUCUCAAGUGCUCGUAUUGCACUUACAGUUGCACCUUCAAGGCCGAAUUGCUGGAGCAUUGCAAGAUUAAUCAUCCCACGAUGCAUUUAAAGUACCAGGAAUUAUCGCCGGUAGCUGGAUCCUCCUGCAGCGAGACUGCGAGUAAAUCAUUGUCGAAGAAACGGGACAUCGAUCCAUUAGAAGAAGAUUUAGAAGAAGAGGAAGAAGAAGAGGAGGAAGAAGAAGAGGAAGAGGAGGAAGAAGAACCAACGAUAUCUGUCAGCAAACCGAUGCCGACCGUCAUCUACACUUGCUUCUAUUGCAAAUAUUGCAGCAACUCGUUGACGUCCGUCAGACGACAUUGGAGUCGUGUACACAAGGACACGAAAGCUCCGGAGACCUUGACCACAAAGAUCAAUCUAUCUGUACCGUUUAGAUACAAGGAGUCUCUGGCGAGAUUGUCAUCACCCAAGGAUUGCGCGAACAAGAGUGUCAUCGAAAUAUCGCCUCGUGACUUUGUAGAACGAUCGGGGAACCAAUCACUGAUUGUGGCUCAACGGCGCGGAUGGAUCUGUCAAUGGGAUGGGUGUCAGGAGUUUUGCGAGACUGACGCCGAUAAGAUAACACAUCAGAACAUGUUUCACUCUCAUCUGCCGCCGAAAUGGCUGGAGCAGCGGCAACAACCAAGUCAGUCGAAAGGCUCGCCGUUACGACCCUGUUUUUGUCCCUCGAAAUAUUCGAGUUUCGCAGCAAAGACCGAGAGUACCAGUUUGAACUCGGUUAUGGAGAACUUGAUAGCGAACCAGGCCGGACGAAGCCUGGAUUUUGAUGAUCAGAGUCGUAUUUCUGAUGCUUCGUUACUUCGGGACAGUGGUUCUGACAGUAGUCGAACUGUCGCGAGGAAAUCUACAACUAGAUCCACUCUCUUUUCCUACACAAGACCACCGGGUCCACGCGUUUUCAAGGCUGUCGCUCGCAAGUCCACGAAUCCCUUGCCGAGACAUCCAUUAGGCGCUUUUAUGUCAUACUUGCCACGUAGCGUAAUGACGGAAUUAAAAGCGGAAGAGACAGAGAGUGAGCCAUCCUCCCAUUACGGAAUACCAAGCAAACCAGUUAAUCUGGGCGAAUUAAACACAUACAUGGUAGUUGGAGGCCACAAAAUGAGAUUAACCUGCCUCACUCUGUCCUCGCUGAUUAAUAUCAACGCGAAAGUAUUGGUGAAGGACAUCAGGAAAGAUCCAAAAUAUGUCGCUAUUCUAUCAAAUUUUGACUAAUUUUUUUUUUUUUUUUUUUUUUUUUUUUUUUUUUUUUUACCGGGUGAAUAGAUGCAUAAUUUUUCAUAAUAUCGAGAAAAUCAGAAUUUUUCUUUAAUGAUGGUUGAUUGCUUGCGAAAAAUGGUAUAGGAGUGAAACUAUAAAAUGCAAAACCUUGAUUACAAUUUGUGUACGCCGUGAAACUUACAAAGCAGAAACAGACAGAAGAAAAUUUUAUAUUUUUAAUUUCGAUAUUUUUGUUUCGUAAGUGUUAAAGUGUAUAUAAUAAAAGUGGACGAUAUAAAUAAACAGUUAAUAAACACA